AUGCCAUCUCAGUCACCACCAUCGACGACCACUAUUCAAACAUUACCUUCAGAUCAACAACAGCAACAAGAAUACGUCGAUACAUUAAACAACCAAACGAACAGUACAGUUAUAAAAUUUCGACGAGAAAAAUCAAUGGAAUUCGAUGAUGAUACAAGAUUUGUCAGUAAUAUCAAUGAUGAUAUCAAUAAUAAUCAUUCAGUAUUUGAAUCAACAGAUGAUAUGAUCAAAUUAGAAUCAAAUGAUGCAUCAUCAGUGUCAAGUACAAAUGAAGAUUCACAAUUAAUAAUACAAACUCCAUCAUCACCAUCACCACUACCACCAUUAUCAAGUCCAUCAUUUAGUGAUCUAUCGAAACCAACAGAAAAGAUUUCUUCCAAUCGUCGAUCUGUGCGACCAUCAUCUAAUCGCCGACUAGUUGGUGAAAAUGAACAAAUCACAUUAACAAAUAUCAAUGAACCUGAUCCAAAUGUAUUUCUAAUAUCAUCUGAUACAAAUUCUCAUAAUACAAUACGAAAAACAAAACAUGAUGUUAAACGUUUUGUUAUGUAUAUAGAUGAACAAUUCGAAGAACAAAAACCUUUACAUACAAUAUCAGCUGAAUCAUUAUGUCGAUAUUUAAAACACUAUUUUGAAAAUACAAAAAAAUUUGAUGGAACACAAUAUGAACCAGAUACAUUAAGAAGUUUUCUAUUAAGUAUUGAACGUUAUUUAAAAAGUAAAAAAUAUGAAUAUAAUUUAAUGGAAUCACCAUUAUUUCAAUCAUGUCGACAAGUUAUUAUGAGUAAACGUGAACAAUGGAGAAAAAUGGGUGGUGGAAAUCAUUCAAAUAAUCCUCAUCAAUCAAAAUCAUCAUUAUUGUUAUCAAAUAUAAAAAGUUUAACUGUAUUUGAUCGAACUAAACCUGAUGGUUUAUUACUUGAAAUGUAUGCUCAUAUAACAAAACUUUGUCAUGAUAAAGUUUUCUCAAUAUCACAAUUACUUUGGAGUGAUAUCGAAUUAAUUGAUGAACAAUAUCUUGUACGUCGUCAACAAAAGCCUGAAAAUCAAACAAUAAGACUAUAUGCAACACCAAGUCAACCAUCAACAUGUCCAGUACAAGCUUAUCGUCUUUAUGCAACACAUCGACCUCCACAAUGCAAUACACCUCAAUCACCUUUUUUUCUUAUGCCACGUGCUUCUAAUAUUCAUCAUACUUGGUAUAAAACAACAACAGCUGCUAAAAAUCUUGAACAAGUACUUCAAAAUGCUAUUCAAUGUAAUAUUCUUUCAACACAAUCAUCACCUUCAUCUUCAAUAACAAAAUUUAAAACUCUGGAACGUUCAUCGCCAUUGAUUCUUAAUGAAUCAUCAUUUCCAAUAUCAAUACUUAAUGGGAAACGAACUGAAUCACGAAUGUCAUCACCUGGUUUAUUGCCAUCAUCAAAACGAAUACAUUCAUCGAUAUCUUUAGUACAACCAUUGAAUCUUGUUGUUACAACAAAUAAUACAAAUAUGGAAGACGAUAGUGGUACAGCUUCAUCAUCUCCAACAAAUUCAUUAUCAAAUGAUGUUACAUCCUCAUGUAUAUUAAAUAAAAAUUCAUCAUCAAUAACUAAUAUAUUUCAUAAACAAUCAUCACCAUCAAUAACUAGUCCUAUUUGGGAUGAAAGUGUUACUGAUAUAUUAUUAACUGUUGCAAAACAGCGUGAUACACGUGUAGUUAAAAUAAAUAUUCUUCGAACAUAUUUAGAAGAAAAAUUAGGUGUAGUAGAAUUUUUAUGCCUUUAUCGUGGAUUUAAAUCUGAACCAAAAUUAACAUUUCAUAGAACACCAUGGGAACAUUAUCAACGUUUUUUACCUGUUCUUUUUACGCUACUUACACUUGACAAUACGACUGUUUAA